UGCUUGCUAGCGCCCGCUAAUGCUGUGUUGUAACAUUCAAGUUUGUGUGCAGAUCAGGGAACAUAAAACAGCAGCUAUCCACUGUGAAACUGCACCAGCCAGAGACCACAUCUACACACCUGCAGAUUCUGCUGUCCCCUCGUCGGAUAUCUCACGCUUCUGCACAGGUCCAGCCUGUUUUGAACCAAUGUAGCUCGGAUCUAAAAUGCAAACGUAGCUGCUAGCAUGCGAGCCAGGCCGUGCAAAGCUGGCUGGCAGUCUCUUUCAUCCAGACAGGAGCAUAAAUGCUUCUGAUAAACCAAUUUAUCGGGUUGGAUCUCGACGCUGACGAAGAUGCGCAAGGACGUAAGGAUAUUAUUGGUGGGCGAGCCCAAGGUGGGAAAAACUUCUCUCAUCAUGUCCCUGGUCAGCGAGGAGUUCCCAGAUGUGGUUCCUUACCGUGCUGAGGAGAUCACCAUACCUGCAGAUGUCACACCAGAGAGAGUUCCCACACAUAUAGUCGACUAUUCAGAAGCGGAGCAGACAGACGAGCAGCUCUUUCAGGAGAUCUCCAAGGCAAAUGUGAUUUGCAUUGUCUACUCCGUCAACAACAAGAAGUCCAUAGAAAAGGUGACAAGUCACUGGAUCCCCCUCAUCAUUGAGAACACAGACAAGGAUAGCAGAGUUCCUCUGAUCCUGGUGGGGAACAAAUCAGAUCUGGUGGAGCACAGUAGCAUGGAGACCAUACUGCCCAUUAUGAACCAGUACAGUGAGAUCGAGACCUGUGUCGAGUGUUCCGCGAAGAACCUGAAGAACAUCUCGGAGCUGUUUUAUUAUGCCCAGAAAGCAGUUCUGCACCCCACCGGCCCCUUGUACUGUCCAGAGAAAAAAGAUAUGAAGCCGCUUUGCAUUAAAGCCCUCACUCGAAUCUUCAAAGUGUCCGACCUCGACAACGAUGGUAUUCUCAAUGAUAAUGAGCUCAACCUCUUCCAGAGGACGUGUUUCAACACCCCAUUAGCGCCUCAGGCCCUAGAGGAUGUGAAAAACGUGGUGAGGAAGAACAUAAAUGAUGGAGUGUGUGACAAUGGCCUCACUCUGAAAGGUUUCCUGUUCCUCCACACCUUGUUCAUUCAGCGAGGUCGUCAUGAAACCACGUGGACGGUACUGAGGAGAUUUGGUUACGAUGACGACCUGGAGCUGCACCAGGACUACCUCUUCCCUCCGUUGAAAAUUCCUCCAGAUUGCACCACGGAGCUCAACCACAAUGCCUACCUCUUCCUCCAGAGCGUCUUUGACAAACAUGACAAGGACCGUGACUGUGCCUUGUCACCAGAGGAGCUGCGGGACCUGUUUGAUGUUUUUCCCUACAUGCCCUGGGGUCCAGAUGUCAACAACACAGUGUGCACCAAUGACCAGGGCUGGAUCACCUACCAGGGAUAUCUGUCACAGUGGACGCUAACAACGUAUCUGGAUGUCCAGCGAUGCCUGGAGUAUUUGGGUUACCUUGGUUACUCCAUCAUCGCCGAGCAGGAGUCCCAGGCAGCAGGAAUCACAGUGACCAGGGAUAAGAAGAUUGACUUGCAGAAGAAGCAGACCCAGCGCAGCGUCUUCCGCUGUAACGUCUUUGGUGACAUUGGCAGCGGCAAGAGCGGCUUCCUCCAAGCUUUCCUGGGCCGAAACCUCAUGCGCCAAAAAAUGAUACGAGAGGAACACCGGUCCUACUAUGCCAUCAGCACAACUUAUGUUUACGGCCAGGAGAAAUACCUCCUGCUCCAUGAAGUCUUCCCUGACUUUGACUACCUGUCUGAUGCUGACCUGGCCUGUGACGUGGUCUGCCUGAUCUACGAUGUCAGCAACCCUCACUCUUUUGAAUACUGCGCCAAAGUCUUCAAGCAAUACUUUAUGGACAGCAAGGUCCCAUGUAUGAUGAUAUCAGCUAAGUCGGACUUGCCAGAGAUCAAACAGAUGUAUGGCUGCAGUCCUCUGGACUUCUGCAGGAAGCACAAGAUGCCGCCUCCGCAAUCUUUCACCUGCAACACUGCAGCAGUGCCCAGCAAAGACAUCUACACCAAACUCACGACUAUGGCCAUGCACCCCCACGCCCGGCUGCGCUGCAUGUGCACUUGUAACCGGUGCACCUUCUGCUUGUGUCAGAACUUCCUCAACUCUGAGUUGCUGCAGACGGUCAGGGCCAAACUCUACGCUGUCGUGCUCAGCAGGCAUGUAAGCCAGGCAGACCUGAAGAGCUCAACCUUCUGGCUGAGAGCGAGUGUUGGGGCCACGGUGUUUGCGGUGCUGGGUUUCGCCAUGUACAGAGUCCUGGUUAAACCACGGUGAUCCUCGGACACACAAAUCAACACCCUUUCCUGAAAAGAUUUUGAUCAGAUGUAAUCACAACAUUAGGAUGUCCCACACAUCUAAAAAAUUAGAGAAUAUGGUAAAAAUCCACCAUGCUUUUGUUAUUUAAACUAUCCCAGUUUUGAAUUUUGGAAAAAAAGAAAUCUUGUGCAAGGCCGCCCUGGCAAACUUUGUUCUUCACUAUAUAUUUCUCCUGCUAGGAGUAAAAGUGAAAAAUAUUUAAUUUUGUACCAAAACUGCUAAUUUGCUCUCUGUUUGUCUGCAAGUAUUUGCUUAAAUCACAGAUAAUGUAUUUAUAUUUGUAUUGAAAAUGAGGGUAACUGCUGAUGAGCCUUAGUGAGUUGCACAACAUAUAUACCUUUUUUUUUUUUUUUGGUUGCCUGCUGAUGGAAAUGAUGAAAAACUCCACGUUAAUCACUUGAAAUAGGGAUUAUGAUCCGUGAAGUAUGCAAUAGGGUUUCUGAACUCAGUAAAACUGAACAAUAUGUACAUAUUGUAUAUAACAUAUUAGAUUAUUUGUUUGCUCUUGUCCACUCAACAAUGAAUGCAAAGGUAUGAGUUUAAAAACAAGGUCACGAGCUGCCCUGAAAACACCACAAACAUUGACAUCGACUGCAAACACUGACAGAGCAUGAGUUUACCUUUGAUGGUCAAAUGCUUGGUUGCACAGUUUGUAUGUUUGUACAUCUGAACAGGUCGGUGCUUUGUCAGUGAAAGGGUCUCAGUGUGUAUUACCACCAAUGACUCAGCAAGACAGUAGCUGCUGCUUCCCCUCCCUGUCUAGGCUCAUUUCUCGCUUUACACUUUGACUUGUGAGUAUGUGUGUGUGCGUGCAUAUGUGUUCAGGUGUGUAUGUGACUGAGCACUGGAAUUUACAUGUGCAGUCAUUCCAUACCGAAAGCUGUGUUUGCAUGCUUCAGGAUUUCCGACCACAUUCCAGUGUUUGAGUGCUGCUGUUGCAAAAGACGUCCGUACCAACAUUGCUUGCCAGCUCCCAGUAAUUCAUGGGUGUGUUCACUGAACAUCUUUAAAUAGGAGUGCUGAUCAGAGACCAGCUCGCCUCUUAAGUCUUAGUGAAGUCCAUAUGGUCAUUUCAAUCUUGUGGCGAUGCCAGGUCAGCCCCCCUGUUUGCAGAAGAUGCAUCAGUGUGGCCCCAGAUGUUCAUUCCCAUCUCCCUUCUGCUGACUACCACGGUUCACAUUGUGUUUUUCACUCAGCCCCUGCCUUUCCAACUGUUUAUAAUAAACAAAUAAAUCUGUCAUA